UUCAUCUUGCAGAAGAGAUCGACACUGCAGAAAAAUUGCUAAAGACUGGUAACAUUCAAUAUAACCUUUUGAAAAUAAUGAAUUUUAGCACCAACAUUGUACAUUAUGGACGUUUGAUACUCCGAUUGAUCAUCAUCACACAAUUGUUCCGUCUUGCAAUAGUUUCGUCAUCUAUUCCCCUCUUACAACCUCCAUGUUCACAAGAAUUAGCAAGAGGAUUCGGGGAUCACAUAAAUUGGAAAACAUAUGAAGAAGGAAUGGCAGAGGCAUUGGAUGAAAAUAAACCAAUUCUCUUACUAAUUCACCAAGAACAAUGUCCAGCAUGCCACGACUUCGCACCAAAAUUUGCUGCCGAUGAAAACAUAGCUGAAUGUUCGAAAUAUUUUGUCAUGAUAAAUUGUAAAGAUGAAGAAGAGCCAUCAGGAUAUACCCCGGAUGGAAAAUACUAUCCAAGAAUUAUAUUUCUGAGCCCAAAAGGAGAUAUAAUUCUUGGGAUUCGAAACGAUAUGGCAAAAGAGAAUUAUUUGUACUACUACUUCACUCCAGAUGCUGUUGUUCGUUCAAUGGUAAGGGUUGUCAAAUUGUUUUACGAAGUUCAGCACGAUGGUGAAUACGAAGAUUUGUAAUGAUGAUGGUGGACUGUUUUUGUACUGUUUAAAUUCAAAAGUAGGCUUGAGAUUUUAACAAUAUUAAAACAAUUUGAAUAGUAACGAUCAUUUUAGAUAAAAAAUUGUAGUUUUUUAGAUAUUUUCAAUUGAAAAGAUCCAUAUUCGAAUGACUGGAACACCGGAGUCAAAGACUUCUAAAUUUAAUGGACAAUAUUUACAAACUAUCUCCUUGUAAGAAACUGCUUUUUAUUUGUAGAUGCGUUUAUUUAUUUAUUAUGCCUGAUUCAUACUACUCCGCAAAUUCAAAGGAAGCAAUAUUAAAGUUCUAACAACGUAAGCUGUUUCAUUGCUACUGAUUUUAACACGUACAAGAAAAAAUCUCGUUGAUAUUUUUGUGUCUGAGAUUUAUUUGUAUUGUAACAUAUGAUGUGAAGAUGCAGAAGUUUUAAAAUGUAAUACUUCCAGUCAUUGUCUAAAUGUAAAAUAUUUUUCGAGGUUUAGAGAGUUGAAAAAUUACUGAUAUAUAAACAAAAACGCGAUUACGCAAUGUAGAGACACACGGCUGAUUGAUUUAAUAUGUGUAUUGAUGUAUAUAUAUAUAUAUAUAUCACAUAUUGGGUAUAUUUCAAUAUAUAGGAUUUGAAUAAUGGAUAUAAUUUGAGCUCUAUGAUUGGGUUCCAUGCUCCGCGGAGUAGUGAGGUUUUGCGUGGAUGCAGAAAAGAAGCACUCCAGCGGCCGAAACGUGGGUCUCAAUAUAUAUAUUCCCGAGGUAAGGCAAUAAUAGCGAUGAACUUUUUCAAGAUUUAUAAAUGACAACCUUAUCGGAGUUUCAGUGUAUUCUGACAAAGGUUUUCAUUAUAAAACUGGUUAAAACAGACCCGAUGCCGAGCUGGGGAUCAUGGACUCGGAAGACCACGGCAAUGUAGGGUCAGCAAGUAGUGAGUGAUGUUUUCAUACUUCCCGCCAACAAUAAAUAACAGAUACAACAACUUCUUUUUUUGUACGUGGUCCGACUCACGAAGUAGAAGAACUUGUAAAGCAAUACCCACUUCGUAAUUAGGAUAGGGUUCAUGGGCGAAAGUGCUAAUAUUAUCGAGAUAUCGGACUAAUGUGAGAAUCGGGCUCAUUAGAACGAGUAUUUACGAGAGGGAUAAGACGGUAAUAUUGCAAACUGUCUGUAAUUUGCGACUCCGCCGCCUAUACAAGAACAAGAUCUACGCCAUGGAUUAUUCUUCCGAAUUUUUUAGCAAGCGAUGAUUUGAGUCUUCUGGCACAUGGUAUUCGAACUAAGUCACAUCAUUAGAAUAGCAACGUCCAGCGGACAGAGAAUCUUUCAGUGUCCAUAGUUGCGCCAUGUUUCAAAAUAAGGACAAGGGAGCGAUGCACAAAUUUAUGGACACAAAAUAGGUACGCAAUCUGCCACAGUAGUCUACCGAACCGUGCCACAGCGGACCACCAAAAACAACUUACGCGAAAGAGGAACUGCUACAGGAAGCGCAAUAAUUAAAUUUGAUGACGUCAUCGCACACAAAAAAGAUACUCCACAGAGGCCACAGACAUUUUGGAAAUAAAUAAAAGUAAUGGUCUUCUAGCGAAAAAUACAAUGUUUAGCCAUUGAAGAUUUCAAAGCGAUUGGUCCAGUAGUUAAUGAGAAGAGCGACUUUUCCACAAUAAGGAAAGUACCAACAACUUGAUCAACAAUAACAUAAUAACGAAACGAUCCAUAUUUACAAAAAGGCUGUAAUUGGAGGAUCGAGACAAUGGAGAUUUCAUAGACCCUAACUAAGAUCGAUGUCGCGAGUGAUGCCAUUUCUAAUAAUACUAGUUAUACAAUGACAAGACCCCUACCUGCCUCGUAUAUAGCAGCUGGUAGGAGAAUUGAACAAUUCAAGACACCUGUUACGGACUGGGAAAAAACUUCUAACCUAAAAAAUUCAUUAACAGUGUAUGGAUUAGAACCAGCAGCUAAUUCAAUGGAAGGACAGGCACCAGGACAUAAAUUUCAGGCGAGCGAAACCGGUUUAAUAACUAUAAAUUAAUCUUAACCAAGUCACAUUUUAUGAACUUGUCCUUAUGAAAUUCUAAUUGGAUGUACAGGUAACAAAAAGCAUUGAAUACCUACAAUCUACAUCAUUCACAAGCGUGCAGAGUGUUAAUGUAGGCUAAAUAUUCACAUGUAUUCAUAAAAGAAAGUAUUCAAAAAUACACCCAUACAUCUAAACAAAAAGUGCAUGUCAAGAAAAGUGGAUGGUAUUUCCGAAUCAGCUUCAUCUCUUGCCCAUCCAGGAUCAAAUAUAAUUCAGCACAUGUUUUCUGACUAAUUGAAAUGCACAUGUG